CUGCCGCGGCCGCAGGCGGCGUGUUUAUCCGGUGACUAGCUGCUGCGGCAGACCUCUCCCGUGGAUCCAUGGCUGGACUGAGGGUUGAGCUGCUCUUGGUGCUGGUCGUCCUGGUCCUGGACCUACCGCGGUCUGUGCUGAUGGGUUCAGUCCGAAGCUGGACUUUGGACGACGACGACGACAGUAAUCCGCUGGACGACGGCGGUGGUUUUGAGUCAGAUGAGUGGAACCAAGGCUUCGUUUCACUGCAAGAGGCAGGCCACCAUGAAGAAGAAGACGAGCCAAUUCCUGAAGAUGCACUUCCUGAAAUGGAAGUUUCCGCCCCCGCUCGUCUUCAGUCCUUCAUUCCUAACCAUGAAUACGGGGUGGAAGGUGGAGGCUCUGAUUCCCAGUCUUGGCUCAGUGUAAAGGACAUAGAUCGAGGCUACGAGGUGGAUUUUGUAGAUGGGCCAAGAAGCUGGAGUACCACCAAUGGUUGGGAAUCAACAGGACUAGAUGAUGACGAUAUCGACUAUGAAGACUUUAGUGCCUCACCUCGCUCCAUAGACAACACGGAAAAGUGCAACAGCACUGACUCAAAGGCACAAAAUUGUGCUGUACCUUCAGAUGAGCGGGUGCCAUGUGGUUCCUCAGGAAUGUCGGCAGAAGACUGUGAAAAGAUGGGAUGCUGCGUGGAUGUGUUGCAGUCAACUUGCUACUAUCCAAUGGAUGAGUGCACUGGCGAUUAUCACUUUGUUUUUUCCAUUCGCUACGAUUCUGCAAAAAUCCCCGUGGACCCUUCCAAGCUCGUUAUACCUGGACAUCCAGAAUGUAAACCUGUCAUUGUUAAUGACAAGGUGGCCAUCUUUAAGUUCCAAGUGACUGAAUGUGGAGCCCGUGUUUAUGAGCUUGGUGACACAAAGAUCUACCUGGCUGAGGUGCAGACUAUUGUUCAAGCUCUCAACCUCAAGUAUGGCAUCAUUACAAGGACUGAUCCCCUCAGAUUCCUGAUAGAGUGUCGCUACAGCAAAGAUGGCUCUGCUCUGAAGGGCCUGUCCAGUGUUGGCUUCAUGGUCAAAACUCCGUCCUCCAUUCUGCCGUCAUCAGUUGUCAAUAAUGGGUUAUUUGCUGUUCAGCUAAGAAUUGCUAAAGAUAAGAUGUUUUCAAGUUACCUGCCAACAUACCAUCAACCCUUGCGAAUGCUCCUGGGCAGACCGGUGUAUUUAGAGCUGCGCAUUAAGUCUCCUGUCCCAAAAGCAACACUUCGGGUCAAUUACUGUCUGGCUUACCCUCGCACUGCAAAAAAUGCACUUGUGAUGGUUUAUGAAGGCUGUGCCAACCCUUUAGACCCCAGUGUGUCAAUCCUUAAAGUCAGUGACCUUCCAACAAAUCGCCACCAGAGGCGCUUCAUCGUCACAGCUUUUCAGUUCAUGGAUCAAAAGACAAAUAAGUACCUUGAUGAGGAAAUAUAUUUCAUGUGCUCAUCAGAAGUAUGUAUGCCACCAGAGAAGUCCUGUGAGGCACGCUGCUUUGAUGGAAAGGCACCAUGAGGACAUUCUCUAAGACUUGACAAGAAACAAAAUAAAAGUUUUAUGUUAGACUA